AUGCGGUUUUCAGGAGACGCUAUCGAUCCGUUCAAAAGAGAGUUGAACAAAGCAUUUUACCGUUCUGGGGCUAUGGAUAUCCUAUUUUUUGUUGUUAACAUUAUCAAGUAUAUGGAUUGCGAUCCCGGAUUGCUUGUGGAACUUGUUUUGAAACUGCGACUUCAGGUGUUUUCACCGGGUGACUACAUCUGUCGCAAAGGUGAUAUUGGGAAAGAGAUGUAUAUUGUAAAGCGUGGAAAACUGAGUGUCGUGUCGGAGGAUGGAAAAACAGUCUUUGUCACUCUCGGGGAGGGUUCCGUGUUUGGAGAGAUUUCCAUCUUGGAUAUUGCAGGUAAUAAGACUGGGAACAGACGUUCGGCUAAUGUAAGAUCGGUCGGCUAUUCCGAUUUGUUUUGCUUGAGCAAAGAUGAUUUGUGGGAUGCGCUGACCGAGUACCCGGAGGCCAAAGAGAUUUUGAUGCAAAGGGGAGAGGAAAUUUUGCGCAAAGACAAUUUGAUUGACGAGGAAGUGUUGCGUAAAGCGCAGGAGAAGAAAGAGACCAUUGAACAAUGUGUUACACGUAUUGAUACCACACUGAACCAGAUGAGUACGCGACUGGCAAGACUGAUAGGAGAAUUCGGUGCCAGUCAGGUGAAACUGAAACGUCGUUUAACAAGAUUGGAAGAGUAUCAAUACUUUUUAGAGAAUCAAAUACCGGACAGUGCAUUCAUAGGAUCCGGUGAACCAGGUGGAGCGAGGAACCCAAAUCUGCUUGCACCGGAACUACAGCUACCUGGUCAGGUUAUCAUCAGUCCUGCCACACCGAAUACCAUCACGGUGCCCUCGACUUCAUCAAUGGCUAGAAUAUCGCGAACCGCGGUGCCGACAUUCUCUCAGAAACAAAGAGACUCGGUCAUCAGUGUGGCUUCAACCACUGAAAGAAGAGAAUCGCUAAGUUCCCUUGGCUCUUCCAUGACAUGUGCCACUAUUCCGUCCAAUAGCUCACAAUCAAAUAAAGAUCGUGGCAAUUGA